GGGAGGAAAUGGAUGGACGACAACAGGAACUUGUGAAAAAGGCAUCUAAGCAUGCGUUUCCAUUUCCAGUCCUGUCUGAGGGUUUCUGCUGCCUUGUUCGGCACACGGUGUACCGCAAGGAGAGGGCCGCCUUCACAAAUAUUCCAAAAUUAUCUGAGAAAAAUGGUGCAUUACCAGACAGAAGGAAGAGGACGCCCGAACACAGUUGACUACAGGAUUUAUUUUAAAACAUCAGAAGGGAAAUACAUCUCACCCUUCCAUGACAUUCCACUCUUUGCGGGCAGUGAACAGGAAAAUGAUGUACCAGUGAAGAAAGUUAAGAAGAAUGAAAAUGAGAUAGUCUUUAACAUGGUUGUGGAGGUGCCUCGCUGGUCAAAUGCUAAAAUGGAGAUUGCAACUAAAGAACCUCUGAAUCCAAUCAAGCAAGAUGUCAAGAAGGGCAAGCUUCGAUAUGUAGCCAAUGUGUUUCCUCAUAAAGGCUACAUUUGGAACUACGGGGCCCUCCCACAGACAUGGGAAGACCCAAACCACACGGACAAGGACACGCAGUGUUGCGGAGACAACGAUCCCAUUGACGUUUGCGACAUUGGCUCAAAGGUGUGUUCGUCUGGACAGGUGAUCCAGGUGAAAGUCCUUGGAGUCCUGGCCCUGAUUGACGAGGGAGAGACAGAUUGGAAGAUAAUCGCCAUCAAUACAGAAGACCCAGAUGCCCCGUCCUUAAACAGCAUUGAGGAUGUUAGGAAGAGCAAACCUGGUCAUUUGGAGGCCACAGUGGAUUGGUUUAAAAAGUACAAGGUCCCGGACGGAAAGCCCGAAAACAAAUUUGCGUUCGAUGGGCAGUUCAAAGACAAGGAUUUUGCGCUGGAAAUCAUAAAGUCCACUCAUGAGCACUGGAGGGCUUUGGUACUAAAACAAGCUAAUGGAGGGGAGAUAAAUUGUAAAAACCUGUCGGUGUGCGAGAGUCCUUUCAAAUGCGGUGAGGAGGAGGCCAGCUCUGUGGUAAAAUCGGCCCCUGCGUGUGGUGAAGCUGACCCUCAGCCAGCUGAAGUGGAUAGGUGGCACUUUCUUUCGAAGUGAUCCUGGAUCCCUUCCCGCCAGUUGUCCGGAACCAAAGACUUUUGUUUGGAAACUGAACUGUUGAAGCACUUAAAGAAAGAUGCCAAGACAAUAGGCUCAAACUCUGAAGUACUGUAUCCCUUCUUUAUGCCUUUUUUUAGUUAUCCUGCACAAAUUUAUGUUUUUAGGCAACAGAUUUUAUUUGAAAUGCAGUAUCACAGUGGCAUAGUUUUAUU